UCAGACGCAAAAUAUUUUUAAUUAUAUCACAUUUAAACAAACACACGUAUGUAUUCCACACGUUUUACGAAUAUUUGUAGUUGUUGUUAAAAUAAAUCAAACUUAAAAUAUUUAGAUUGACGAAUACGUUUGAUAAGGUUGCUGUGCUCGGUACUUCCGGUGAGAAACGGACAAACGCGGGAGUGAAGCGCCAAAAAACAAACCAACAAAUGAUUCAUCCAACAACACAAAACGCGAAUAAACUGCGUUUUAUAUAAUUAUAUUCGCUUUUAAAGUGGUUCUAUGGUCGGAAAAUGACGGAGUUGCUUUUUAACAAGAGGUUACACGUGCUGGUGAAGAAUAAAGACGCAGACGAGAGGCGUUCAGUCAUUCGCAUCGGUAUUGAACUGCAGUCAACAUCAAAUCCAGUUCAUAGAAAGGAUUUAGUUGUAAGGCUGACAGAUGAUACUGAUCUAUACUUUCUAUACAACCUUGUCAUAUCAGAAGAGGAUUUUCAAAGUUUAAAAGUACAACAGGGUCUUUUAAUAGACUUCACAUCGUUCCCUCAAAAAUUCAUAGACCUGCUCGAACAGUGUAUCUCUGAACAGGACAAGGACAGCCCACGGUUCCUGUUACAGCUCACGUCCGCUUCAUCAGCGUUUGAUCACAGUCCCUCCAACCUUAACAUUGUUGAGACGAACGCGUUUAAACACCUCACACAUCUUUCUCUGAAACUGCUUCCCGGAUCUGAUACAGACGUUAAGAAAUACCUGGCCGCAUGUCUUUCUACUUUAAAGGAGGAAAAACACCUGUUGGAUCAGAAGUUGAGGAAGACGGAGGAAGAUCUGACAAGGCAGCUCAAUUAUGCACAACAAACCCUGUCUGAGAAAAGUCGUGAGCUGGAUAAACUCCGGACCGAAUGGAUGUCUCAAACGACCUCCGUGUCCAGCAGACACAUGCAAGAUCUCACAGCUGAGCGUGAAAAAGCUCUGGAGACACAAACCCGCCUGCAACAACAGAACGAACAGUUACGCCAAGAGCUUGAGUCGGCCCAUCACAAAAGCACCCAGCAGUUCCAGAGCAGGGUCCUUGAGCUGGAAACCAGCAACAGAGAUCUCAUCGAAAAGAAAUAUAAGAGCGACUCCACCAUCCGAGACCAGAAGGCCAAACUGGCGAGUCUGGAAGAGGAGUGUCAGCGGUCGAAGCAGCAGGUUCUGUCCUUGAGGAGGGAGAACAGCGCACUUGACACGGAGUGUCACGAGAAGGAGCGUCUUGUCAACCAACUGCAGACGCGAGUGGCCGUCUUUGAGCAGGAGAACAAAGAUAAAGACCAGCUCGUGCUGCGGACCAAAGAAGUGCUGGAAGCGACGCAACAGCAGAAGAACUCUGUGGAGGGAAAUGUUGAGAGCAAGCAACUGCAGAUCGUCAAGUUGGAGGCCACUGUAAAAUCUCUGUCUGAGGAACUCAUCAAGGCAAACGGGAUCAUCAAGAAGCUCCAGGGUGAUCUUAAGGGUCUAGUGGGGAAGAUCAAGGUGAAGAACACGGUGACGGUGUCUCAGGAGAAAGUCCUGCAGGAGACCACGGAAAAACUGCAGAGGGGCCAGCAAGAGCUUCAGGAGACUCGGCAACGACUCAAGCAGAAGGAAGAGGAGGCAGCAAAAUUGAAGGAGCAGUUGGAAGCUACAGUUCAGAAACUUGACGAGAGCAGGGAGGUGCUGAAAACCAAUGAGAACGUGAUAACUUGGUUGAACAAGCAACUGAACGAGAACCAGCUCUCUCGGAAACAAGAAGCUCUUGGAAUGUUUGAGACGCCUGCGCCAGGGUUGAGAACAGGAAGUGUGUCUCACAAUCUGCUUGAUAGCAAAGGUUUCCCCUCAUCUUUGGGACAUGGUUUCCCCAUCACCUCUACAAUAAACUCCAAAUAUCCUCUUCCUCUUUCCUGCGUGAGCUCGGGGCCUCGCUCUGUCCUGACAAUGCACAAUCAGACGGCUGGACCAAAGGUCCAAUUUAAUCCCAUGAAUGCCAAGUCUUCAACAGAAGUGGGGAGCACACAGCAACCACAACCGUCAAAUAAAGAGAACGGAGAACCCAUGGGUUUGGACUCGAAGUACUUCGAGAGAAGAGAUGACAGCAUACCUCUACGUGGUCUUCUACCCAGCAUGCAUCUGAAUCGAGAAGCACAGAAGUCCUUAAACGCAGCUGGCGUAAAACCAACACCGUCUGCCACCUCUGCGUACUUUCCGGGAUGACAAAGGAUUGGGUUUUAUAUGGAUGUCCCUUCAUCACUACGCUGUCUGUGUGGAACACAAUGGACAAUAUAUAGUUUAAUUUCUUGUUUUUGUUUAAAAAUGUUCAAUUAUUUAUUAUACCAGAUUUAUUUUACAUUUAUUUCUAUGUUGAUCUGUUUACAAACACAUACAGCUUGCUGUGAGAUUUUAGGCUGAAGAGCUUCGACUUUAACUUGGUGCUAAAUCUGUCAUUUUGAAACUGCAGUGCCUACAAACCUCUCGUUUCGAUAAUUGUCUGCGCCUCAUGCCAUACAAACAUAAUUUCAGGAUAAAUUGACUUUUGUAUGUUGUAAGAGCUGCCAUUUUGUAUUCUCAGACCCAGAUGUAACUUUAUUGAAGUUUGAGUCUUGAAGUGACUGUUUGGUUGGCAAAUGGCUGUAUAAACAUGUACAUAAUUGUUUUCAUUGUGUGUACAUAUUUUUGUUUUAAUUGUUUAGCACUUCUGUUUUAUCAUGAACCAGUCUGUAUGGCUUGUCUGCUUGUUUGGGACAAAAAUAAAUAAACUUGAAAUCAGUAUGUAAUAAUA